AUGACACGGCUGCCCAUUCUCCACUUCAACGACGUGUAUCGGGUCAAUCCGUUCAAGCUCGAACCAACGCGACCGGAAACCAUCGAUGUUUGCCAAUUCGCAUCUAUGCUGGAUGACAUUCGCGAUAAAUGGUCUCUGCGUGAGGGAACAGAGACAGAACGCGAAGGGCUGGUCCUGUUCUCUGGCGACGUGUUUUCACCCUCGGUAGAGAGUUCGGUCACCCGUGGAAGCCACAUGGUACCAGUCAUGAACGAGCUACGCCCGAACGUUUCGCUCACAGGGAACCAUGACUUCGACUGGGGCUAUCCUCACCUCUGCAAGCUCAUCCAAGGGACCAAUUUCCCAUGGGUACUGUCGAACAUCGUGGACAUUGAAACAUCCAAAGUCCCAGGACAUCUCCUCGAGUACUACGUUAUUGAGCGUGUUGGGGUACGGAUCGGCGUCAUUGGCCUCGUGGAGAAGGAAUGGAUUGGUACUGUUUCAUCCUGGCCAGCCAAUUUCAAGUACCAAGACAUGGCGGAGGUGGGCCAGAAACUGUCCAGGAAGCUGCGGGACCCGAAUGGCGAAAACUGCGACAUCAUCAUCGCCCUAACCCACUCGAGGUACCCUCUCCCACCAGAUCUCGCCCUCGCCAAGGCCCUCUUCGCCCUCUCACCAGAUGGGCAGAAGUCUCUCGAUGAACCCUUUGCUUCCACCCACGGCGUCGACAUUCUUCUAGGCGGCCACGAUCACCUGUACUAUAUAUCCCGCGGCGUAACCGCCUGGGAAGGGUACGACGUUAACCAGGAAGUCCUAGGUGCCGAGGCAGACAAAGGGGAUGUCUUGGUCGUCAAAAGCGGCACUGACUUCAGGGACCUCAGCGAGUUUGAGCUCGAACUGGAGGAUAUGCCGGAGGGCAGCGUCAGAAGGAAGGUCAUCAAAAGUAUCAAGGGGAAGCACCAUUGCACCCAACCCGGAUCCCGACGAUCUGAAAAGCUGCAAGCACUGAUAAAAGAGCUGCUAGGGUCGGUGUCGGAUUCCCUAAGCGCGCCGCUGUGCAGAACAACCGUCGAGCUCGACCUCCGGUCCAAUCUCAUCCGGACGCAGGAGAUGGCGUCCAGUAACUGGUUCGCCGACAUCCUGCGGCACACAUAUGACGAUGCGCCCGGCGUCAAAAGCCGGGGCGGUGCCGACGGUGUGUUCAUCUGCGCCGGCACGCUCAGGGGUGACUCCGUGUACGGACCGGGGGACGUCACACUCGGAAACAUCCUCGAGAUCCUGCCAUUCGACGACCCCCUAAUCGUGCUCGAGUUAGACGGAGAGACGAUCUGGGCCGCGUUGGAGGCAUCCCUCGAGACAUGGCCAGCGCAGGAAGGCCGGUUUCCGGUGAUUUCAGGAUUCCGCGUAUCCUGGGACUCGCGCAAACCGCCAGGACAACGCGUCCUCGGCGUCUGGCUCUCCAAGCCGGACGUGCACGGCGAGAACGGGGAGCCGAUCCCGAGGGCGAAGGGAGGGCGGACGUACGCGAUGGUGUCUAGGGAGUACAUGGCACAGGGGCACGACGGCUUCACGCCGCUCAAAGGCCAGAAAUACCUCGUGGACGACGAGAGCGGGCAAAUCACUAGUUCGGUCGUGAGGCGGUAUCUGCUGGGCUCGCAGUACAUCCAUAAAAUGGCUCGCCUGUCGAAGCAAGCACCGCGGACGACGUGUCUCGACCGGCGUACGCACGACAUUGUCUCGCGCGAGCUCGAGCGGGCGAAGAAGUACAAGAAGGCGGACACCCACUCGUGGGCGGCGAUCGCGUGGCAGCACGCGGCGUCGCUCGCGCUGCACCGGACGCGCCGAGCGAGUCAUUACCGAGACCACAUGAGCGUCGCGACGAAGGAGCACAUGAGCGGCGUGGACUGCUUCGACGGGGCGAAGACGAGGGGAGGGGAGGGGCUAGCGGAGGCUGGCGCGGGCUCUGCCGGUCAGAACGAGGAGGAUUUGUUGGUGAUCACGCCGGAGGUAGAUGGGAGGUUGGAGGACGUCGGACGCAAGUGA